UUCCUCUUCGCUUCAUAUAUAUAUAUAUAUAAUUUUUUUUUUCAUAUAAAUAAAUGAAAUUUGGUUCUUAUUUGUGAUGAAGACUACCUUGUAUGAAAUUGUUUAACUUCGUUCUCAUCGACUCUGCAGCUAGAAAAAACUUUCCAAAAUGCAAAACCCUUCUGCGGCUACCCAAGAAUUGGGCCCUGCCUUCGAUCUCGGGACUCAUUUGGGUCACUUAGCAUUCACCAAGAGUUUUUACUGCUCAAAAUCGGAUGGGUUUUAUUCAUUUAAGCCAAAUCACAUGUAUUUUUCGGAGUUCAGAGGCUCAGUUUCUCAGAAAAGGCGUAGAGUUAUUGCUGCUGCUUCACUCAGUUUGGGUGCUCGAAACAGCGUUUCUUCGAGUGUUAGGAGAAUCGUCAAUGAGUUCAAUAGAGCGAUUAAAUUUCACUGUGAUAGAAUCCCAAUUGGGUUUGGUUCGGUUCGGGUUGGUUCUGAGGAUAGCAAUGGAGUGAGAGAAGAUGGUGGUAGUGUAUUGGACGUUGAAGGUUUGCCUUUGAAUGGAAUCGAAACUGAGUCCCCCAAAAAAGUUCUGAUUUUGAUGAGUGAUACUGGUGGGGGUCAUAGAGCCUCGGCUGAAGCUAUUAAGGCUGCUUUUAAUGACGAAUUUGGGGACGAUUAUCAGGUUUUUGUUACGGAUUUGUGGUCGGAUCAUACGCCCUGGCCAUUUAAUCAAUUACCCAAGAGCUAUAACUUCUUGGUCAAACAUGGAUCCUUGUGGAAAAUGACUUAUUAUAUGUCUGCUCCUCGGGUGGUUCAUCAAUCUAAUUUUGCUGCUACUUCAACGUUUAUAGCUAGAGAAGUUGCCAAAGGGUUGAUGAAAUACCAGCCAGACAUCAUUAUCAGUGUCCAUCCACUGAUGCAACAUGUUCCACUUCGUAUUCUGAGGGCAAAGGGUCUACUGAAGAAGAUAGUCUUUACAACAGUGGUCACAGACUUAAGCACUUGCCAUCCUACGUGGUUUCAUAAGCUUGUAACAAGAUGCUAUUGCCCAACAGCAGAGGUAGCAAAAAGGGCAUUGAAAGCUGGACUUCAACAAUCCCAAAUUAAGGUUUAUGGUCUUCCAGUGCGACCUUCUUUUGUGAAGCCUGUUCGGCCUAAGAUUGAGCUGAGGAGAGAAUUAGGAAUGGAUGAGGAUCUUCCUGCUGUUUUGCUGAUGGGAGGAGGGGAAGGAAUGGGGCCCAUUGAGGCUACUGCUCGUGCACUCGGAAAUUCAUUAUAUGAUGAGAACCUUGGGGAGUCAAUGGGUCAAAUCCUUGUGAUUUGUGGCCGCAACAAAAAGCUUGCUAGCAAAUUGCUUUCAAUUGAUUGGAAAGUUCCUGUCCAGGUUAAGGGAUUUGUCACCAAAAUGGAGGAAUGCAUGGGUGCUUGCGACUGCAUUAUUACAAAGGAAGCUGGCAAUGUUCCCUACGUGGUGGAAAAUGGAUGUGGGAAAUUUUCGAAGUCACCAAAAGAGAUAGCCAAUGUUGUUGCCCAGUGGUUUGGUCCAAAGGCAGAUGAACUCGAGGCUAUGUCACAAAAUGCUUUAAAGUUGGCAAGGCCUGAGGCCGUAUUCAAGAUUGUCCAUGAUCUCCAUCAGCUGGUUAGACAGAGAAAUUUUGUACCCCAAUUUUCAUGUACAACCUAAUUCCAGUAGAAAAGAGAAAUCAUUUUUUUUUUCACAAGCUUUCCCAUUUGGAUUAUAUGAUUAAGCAUAAUCGAUUACUCCAUUUUUUUUCUGCUUUCCCGUUCCAUUACCUUGCUAUAGUAUGCUGAAAAUUUUCAGUUGUUUCUUAUCACUACAAUUACAAUAGAUAAUUUUUUUGGAGUUUUACUAUUUUUUUUCUGGGUUACCAAAGAAAACAUUGUCAAAUCAAAGUUUAUAAAACAAAAAACAAAUCAAAGUUCUGCGAUUUUGGGGUUCAAUCGAAUUAAAAUCCAGUUAAGUAUGUUUUGAAAAAAAAAACCCGUUUUUUGGCAAUUAAUUGAUGUGUUGACACGUCAAGGCGUCACGUGCGGAUGCGUUGACAAGCGACAUGGCUCGAGAUGAAUGGGGCCACAAAUCUUGCGACCUAAUCCAUCCCCAUUGUUAAAGCUUCCGAACCGAGUUAAAACGCCACUUCAUCGGGUUUCUCCCAGAUUUUUACGAUCCUUCUUUGACAUUUAACAACUUGUCAAUCUCACAGUCUUGUCCUGCUGACUCUCACGGCAAAAACAAAAAAUAAAACCCAUCAAAGAAAGAAAGAAAGAGGAUAAUCUGACAUCAAGGCUCGUUACCUUGUCAUUCACGCAUAUGUUCGUUGCACCGUUUGUUGAUUCAUCAGCUUGAAAAUUAUCCCCUGAUUCAGCUAAAUAUGAUUGCAAGAUACGGAAUGAAAGAUCAGGGAAGGUCCCCACACAGUUUUUAAUUAUCGAACAGAAAGUUCUAGAGCAAAUUCAGGGCCAAUUCUCAGUGUCUAGCGUUUUGGUUGGCGUAUUUUGAGGUGAUGGGUUGGAAGUAUAAUGCUGGGUUAGGGUUCAU